AUGUAAUAUUCUAAUGCAAAUAAGAACAAAUUUUAGUAAAUACAAAAACAAGAGUUAAAUUUUCAAUUGCUUGAUGAAAAUAGAGUGUUCAUGACAGGAACAUUUACAGCUUUUACUGAGGAUGUAAAAUCGUUUAUAAAAGUAAUGUACUUCAUUAAGAUUUUAGUAAAAUAAUGGGUAUUUUUAAAAUUUGGAUGGAGAGAAGGGUUGGAUAAUACCGAUAGGUAAUUACUAGAAUUUGAUAACAAGCGUAAAAUGAAUUAAUAUUAUUAGUUAAGAUAAUAGUAGACAGAAGUUGUGAUAAAAUAGUUGCCACAAUUAUUGUAAAAAUUAUAAAAUCUGAAUAUGAAGGAAAUAAAGUAUUUUGAUAAUGGUUAAUUGAUAACAUUAAAAUAUGAUAAUUAAAUAUGUUAUGAAAAAAUAGAUAAAACACUCCAUGAAACAUUGUAUUAAUACUAAAGAGAUUGUGUAAAAUAAGGUUUAAAAUUUAAUGGAAGGAUAUUGAUAGCAGAUGAUAUGGGUGUUGGUAAGACAGUAUAAUCUUUGGCUUUGGCAAGUAUGUAUAGAUAAAAUUGGCCAUUAUUAAUAAUGUGUCCAUCACCUUUAAGAUUGAAUUGGUAGGAUGAAAUAAUUCAUUGGUUGAAAAUACAUAAGACAGAGAUAUAAAUAAUUAAUUGUGGUAAAGAAGGGAUAAGAAUGAAUGCAAAAAUAGUAAUAGUAUCAUAUGAUAUUUGUGCUAAAAUUAAAGAAGUAAAUAAUAUAAAUAAAAAUUUAGAAUUUAAUGAAUAGAAAGUUUUCAAUAUGUAUAGCAGAUGAAUGUCAUUAUUUAAAGAGUUCUUAAGCUAUUCGAAGUUAAGCAUGUGUUCCAAUUCUUAGAUAAUGUAUGUAAACAAUAUUAUUGACUGGUACACCUGCAUUAGCAAAGCCGAAAGAUUUAUUUAAUCUAUUGAAUAUUAUUAGACCAGAUAUAUUUGGUAAUUUUAAAGAAUUUGGAUAUAGAUAUUGUGAUCCAAAAUUAAGUAGGUUUACUAAAGGAAUAGAUUUUGAUGGUGCAUCAAAUUUAAAAGAACUACAUUUUUUAUUAACAAAUUAUAUUAUGAUAAGAAGAUUAAAAAAGGAUGUAUUAAGUUAAUUACCUGAAAAAAGAAGAGUAAAAGUCAGAAUUGCAGGAGAUUCAAGUUAAGUUAAAUAAAUAGGAGCACUCUUACACUAAUUAGGAAAUAUGGAUAUUUAAUAACUUAUAAAUAAAGACUCAAUAUUUUAGGAUUAAUCAAAAGAUUAGAGUGAUUAAAUGUUUACAGUAAAUACAAUUUUAUAGAAAUGUUAUAUGUUAACAGGUUAAGCAAAGAUAAAAGCAAUAAAAGAUUAUAUUAAUACUCUAUUUGAGAAUGAUAUAAAGUUUCUGUUUUUUGCUCAUCAUAAAGAUGUUUUAGAUGCUGUUUAAGAAUAUUGUGUUUAGAAUGAAAUAUAAUAUAUGAGGAUAGAUGGUAGUGUAGGAAUAGAAUAGAGACAUUAGAAUGUAUAAAUGUUUUAAAAUAAUGAUGAAAUAAGAAUAGCUAUAUUGAGUAUUACAUCUGCAAAUUAUGGAAUUACUUUAACAGCUGCUUCUACAAUAGUAUUUGGUGAAAUGCAUUGGACUCCUGCAAUUAUGAUGUAAGCAGAAGACAGAGCACAUAGAAUUGGUUAAGCUUAAUGUGUUGAUUGUCAUUAUCUUAUUGGAGAUGGAACAUUAGAUGAUCAUAUUUUUAAUAAAAUUGAAAAUAAAAUCAAUACAGUCUCGAAUUUUAUAGAUGGAUAAAAAUAAAAUUUAGGAGCAUUAGAAUUUUCAGCUGAAGAAGCUCUAAUAAAAGGAGCAUCUAAACCAUCCUUAUUUACAGAUAAAUCUGAAUCUAUUUUAUAAGAAGUCAAUGUGUAAUCUUCUUCUCUCUAGACUUUAACAGAAGAUGAUAUGGAAGAGAUUUAUCAAUUAUUAGAAUCUAGAACCAAAGAAAAAUAAGAUUAACCAACUGAAUCAGAAUAACUAAGUCUAUAAUAAGAAACAAAUAAAAAUGGAUAAGUUGAUCUUUCAAGUUAAAUAAAAAAUUAAUGUUAAUCACUUAAACAAUAAUUAAUGGAUAAAUAUUUAAGUAGUAAUAAAGUUAAAAAAGAAGUCAUUGAAGAUAACAAAGAAUUCAACUAAAUUUAAAAAGUUAUUGAAAAAAAUUAAUAAUUAUCUUAUGGAAAACCACCUUUAAAAUUAAGUUAUGAAUAUUUAUAAAGUCGAUUAAAUGGAGAUAGUAAAUCAACUGAAUCAGGAUAAAAGAAAUAACUUAUUAAACUUAAUAAUUAAUAACCUAUACCAUAAAUUAAAAUUGAUCCUUUAGAUUAAAAUGCUAAUUGA